AUGGCCCGCACGAUCUGGAUUCAUACGAGUGAGCGUGAAGGCGAGCUGGGUAAGGAGGAUUUGCUGAACAAACUGACCGCUCUCAACCUCCUCAAUGCCUUUGCAUGCUCUGUCAAGCACAGACUCCGCUUCGAGCCUGGCAUCGACUACCCCGAUCUCCGCGAGCGCGUCGAAUUCCUCGACACCUUUGCCAAAGCCGCCGACGUCGACAUCCCCCCUCCAUCAGACAAGGGCAAGGCCAAAGCUGUGGGCGAAUACCUCGGUGUCACGUUCGCCGAGUCGAACCCCCGCAAGAGGAUCAAGCGCUCCAAGAAGCCGCUCGGAAACCUUUCUCUCGAAAUCCUGAACCAUCUGUCCUGCUACGUGCACAGCGUCAUCGACAACGACACGCUGAAAAUCGGCCUCUACCAGAACCAAGCCAUCACCGGCAUAGUGCAGCUCAACGAAGCCCUCACCGGCAUGGACCGCGUGCUCCAAACCCCGCUGCCCAUCGCCUACUCCAUCGCCAUCUCGCAAAUCACCUGGGUCUACGUGAUGAUGCUGCCGUUCCAACUCUGGGACGACCUACGCUGGAUCACGAUCCCCGGGUGCAUAUUCGCCGCAUACAUCAUCAUCGGGCUGGCGGCCAUUGGCCGCGAGAUCGAGAACCCCUUUGGCAACGACGUCAACGACCUCCCGCUCGAAGCCUACUGCGAAGAGCUCGAGCUCGACAUCGACACGAUUACCUCGCAGCCCGCGCCCACGGCGAGAGAGUUUAUGCGCCGCGAUGGGAAUAUGCCUAUUUGGCCCCUCAGCCAGAAAAACUAUGAGAGCUGGGCUGGCCGCAGUAAGCAGGAUAUCAGGGAUGCGCUGAUGACUAAGACCAAGGCGGAUAUGGCGGUGCGCAAGAGCUUCGCGGUGUCGAGGGACAGCGAGAGCGAUGAGAAGGCUGGGCAUACGCUGCAGCAGGAUGCGUAG